CCCCCCAGAAAACAGUUCCGAGUCCGACACCCAAAAAACCCUUAUCUCCUGUAGAGAUGAUGAUGGAGAAAUCGUUCUCGUUGAUCCAAACGGUGGCCACUGCCGGUGUCUUCUCUGCCAUCUCCUUCUGGUACGGUUUCAUGUUCGGUCGAGAGUCCGCGAGAAAAGAGCUUGGCGACUUGAUCGAGGAUCUCCGUCGCGGUGGUUCCUCCUCCGGUUCACCUUCUCAUUCAUGAUUUAGUUGGUAACAAUUAACAAAGGAAGAAGAUGAAAAUGACACUCGCGUUUUCACCUCCAUGCGAGAAACUUAGUUUUAGACAAGCUGCAGUGCAUGAAGCAUAUUUGGUUCUUUGGAGUUUGAAGAUUAAAAACAGUAUAUAUGCUCUUAGGGUUUUGCCGACUUCUGCUGAAGACUUUGUUGUUCAUCGCAAGUGUUUUGCAGCAUUCUCCUUCAAUUACCUAAUUCUGAGCUUUAUUCGACACUGAACCAUAUUAUUCGACACAUUUGUGUUUUUUAAGAGCAACAUUUAUUUUUC